AUGGCGGAGUCGGCACCAGCCUCGCAGGCCCGGCCCGUCCCCCCGCCUCCGCCCCCGCCCGUGGCUCAGCCUCAGCCCCAGCCCGUGCCUCUCGCUCCUCAGCCGCAGGUCCAGCCGCCCGCCUCCGCCCCCGCCCCCGCGGCGGCGGCCCCCAGCCCGGCAGACCCGGCCAGGCCCGGGGCCAGCAGCGGCCAGCAGCGCUCGGCCCAGCGCAAAGCCCAGGUGCGGGCCUUCCCGCGGGCCAAGAAGCUGGAGAAGCUCGGGGUGUUCUCGGCUUGUAAGGCCAACGAUACCUGCAAAUGCAAUGGUUGGAAAAAUCCCAACCCUCCUACUGCCCCGAGGAUGGAUAUUCAGCAGCCAGCCGCCAGCCUGCGCGAGUCCUGCCGCAGUUGUGCGCACACGCUAGCUGACCAUGUCUCUCACUUGGACAACGUCUCCGAGGAGGAGAUUAAUCGGCUGCUUGGGAUGGUGGUGGAUGUGGAGAACCUGUUUGUGUCCGUCCAUAAAGAAGAAGACACAGACACCAAACAAGUCUACUUCUACCUCUUCAAGCUUUUACGGAAAUGUAUCCUACAAAUGGCUCGGCCGGUGGUGGAAGGGAAAUUGGGGAGUCCUCCAUUUGAAAAGCCAAGCAUAGAGCAGGGCAUUCUUAAUUUUGUUCAGUAUAAAUUCAGUCACAUUCCUGCCAAAGAAAAGCAAACCAUGUAUGAACUUUCCAAGAUGUUCCUGCUUUGUCUGAAUUAUUGGAAGCUGGAAACUCCGUCUCAGUUUCGACAGAGAUCCCAGAAUGAAGAAGUGGAUGCAUACAAAGUCAAUUAUACAAGAUGGCUCUGCUAUUGUCAUGUCCCUCAAAGCUGUGACAGUCUUCCUCGGUAUGAGACCACUCAGGUCUUUGGGAGGACGUUACUGCGAUCGAUCUUCACGGUCACUCGCCGGCAGCUACUUGAGAAGUUCCGAGUGGAGAAAGACAAGUUGAUGCCAGAAAAACGGACUCUCAUCUUGACCCACUUCCCAAAGUUCCUUUCUAUGCUGGAGGAAGAGAUUUACGGUCAGAGCUCUCCAAUCUGGGACUCUGACUUCACCCUGUCUGCUGUAGAAGGCGGGCAACAGACCCAACAGCCAGCUGUGAGUCCCUCCCCGGUGCCUAAUAUCCCCACUUCAAGCCGAAACGUCAAUUGUACUUCAAGUCCAGGAUCUAUUGGUGUUGAUAUGGGGAUUUCUGAGCCAGCACCAGGAGAGAAAAGAAAACUGGCCGACGCUAUGACACUGGAAGAUGCAAAGAGAAUCCGCGUGAUGGGUGACAUUCCCAUGGAGCUGGUCAACGAAGUCAUGCUGACCAUCACUGACCCAGCAGCUAUGUUGGGUCCAGAGACGAGUUUGCUGUCUGCAAACGCAGCUCGCGAUGAGGCGGCGCGACUGGAGGAGAGGAGGGGAGUCAUCGAGUUCCACGUGAUCGGUAACUCGCUGUCUCAGAGAUCCAACAAGAAGAUAAUGAUGUGGUUGGUUGGCUUACAGAACGUCUUCUCACAUCAGCUGCCGCGAAUGCCAAAGGAGUACAUUACCCGUCUGGUCUUUGAUCCGAAACACAAGACGCUAGCGUUGAUUAAGGACGGCAGAGUGAUUGGAGGAAUAUGUUUCAGAAUGUUCCCCACCCAAGGAUUCACAGAGAUCGUAUUUUGUGCUGUAACCUCCAACGAGCAGGUUAAGGGUUAUGGGACGCAUUUAAUGAACCACCUGAAAGAAUACCACAUCAAGCACAACAUACUACACUUCCUGACCUACGCAGAUGAAUAUGCUAUCGGCUAUUUCAAAAAGCAGGGAUUUUCAAAGGAUAUCAAAGUACCCAAAAGUCGCUAUGUGGGUUACAUCAAGGAUUAUGAAGGAGCAACACUAAUGGAAUGUGAACUGAAUCCCAGAAUUCCUUACACUGAGCUGUCUCAUAUAAUCAAGAAGCAGAAAGAGAUAAUAAAGAAACUGAUUGAACGAAAGCAGGCAGAGAUUCGCAAGGUGUACCCAGGCCUGACCUGCUUCAAGGAGGGAGUUCGGCAGAUACCAAUCGAAAGCAUACCUGGAAUCCGAGAAACUGGAUGGAAACCUAGUGCAAAAGAGAAAGGGAAAGAACUUAAGGACCCGGAUCACCUACACAACGCUUUAAAAAAUCUACUAGCACAAAUCAAGAGCCAUCCUAGUGCCUGGCCUUUCAUGGAACCUGUGAAGAAAUCGGAGGCUCCAGAUUAUUAUGAAAUUAUCCGGUUUCCAAUAGACUUGAAGACGAUGAGCGACCGACUGAAGAACCGCUACUACGUCUCCAAGAAGUUAUUCAUAGCGGACGUCCAGCGCAUCAUCACCAAUUGCCGUGAGUACAAUCCGCCCGAGAGCGAGUACUGCAAAUGUGCCAAUAUGCUGGAGAAAUUUUUCUACUUCAAGAUCAAAGAGAUGGGACUUCUGGACAAAUGAAGAUCGUUUGGGGUGGGGAACGGGGGGGAAAAGGCGAAGCUUGAAAGGGGGUGACUUUCCGAGCUGACGGACCAGCGACGCGGCAGGCCGAGCCACUCGGCCACACUUACCUCUCGUGACGUCUGUGAACUUGGCAGCCUUGUGAGAAACGGCACUGCUGGGAUGGUUGUCGACUGUUACAGUGUCUGGUUGUCGCAUUGCCUGGUCGCUGGUUAACGGCGUCAGUCGUUUUCCGAACGCAUCAGUCCGUUACGUUCUGAUGGUUAACAUUGUGGUGACCAUCCUUCUGCAUGUGACUCCAUCCCCCCACACCCUCCCCCCCCCCCCCCCACACUGCUGUCGGUUGUGUUUGUAAUCCGAAUUAUUAUUAUGGGGUCUUCACGCUCCUUCUCUAAGUAUCAUCCACAAGCACUGACGGGAGAAAUGCACGCCACAGAUGUACGCAAUAAGUCACGAGCACUACGACAGCAACGAAACAAAGCAUUUCCCUGGAAUUCAUGACGCUGUGAGCUCAGUUUUCACCACACCACACCGCACGCAGUCUGUGACCAUCGCUGCAUGCCAGUAAACUAUACGGAUCGUAUCAGGGGACUGAGCCCCUGACGGUUAUUAUUUUUUUUUAAAAAAAAAGAAGAAAAAAGCUUUGUAUGUUUGCUGUAAUGCCGCGCUGAUGUAAAUAAAUUCAGCUGCAACAUCCUCUUGGGAACCGUGGAUGUCUUUUUACUGGCGAAAUGUUGGUUUAAUGAUGUUUUCUGUCGAGAUGUGUGUGUAUUACAGUGGCUCGUGCUGCUUAACACAACCAUUCUGUACAGGCCAUGGCGUACCAUCGCAAUCGUGACAUUAGCCACAAGAUUUAGAGGCAUUUCAGAUCACGCAUCUUUGUAAUGAAGCCUCAAAGGGAGAGUACGGUUGUUCUUUCACAGGGAAGUAGAUGGUUGAUUGUGUUAUCCUGACCAUAGUUCCAUCAUUCUGUAGCAAAUGAGACUGUUCCUUGAUGCGAAAGAUGUAUUUUCCAUUGAAGGUUAUUUUAUUCAGACAAGAAAUACACUCAGUUUAUUGGACAACAAGUAUUACUGUCAAAACCAGGAGACUGUUGAUAUUGAACUGUCUGUAAAAAUAAUUAACAGCUUUGAGAGGUCUCGAAGACGUGAUAAGGCAUUAUUAU